GGAGGAGUUUUUAUAUAUUUGCUUAUAUUAUAUCUAAAAUCCUAACAUGCACAUUAGGAUAUAAUAUCUGCUACAGUAUACAAUCUUUUUUGUGGACAUGUUUUCUGUUGACCCCAUCUCCGUUCUGGUAUCCAUUGUAAUUAUAUUGUUUCUAGUCGGUGUUUAUAAGAACCAGAAACAAUGCACAAAUUUUCCUCCUGGUCCUACGCCAUUACCGAUUAUAGGAAAUAUGCAUGUGAUCAACACGUCAAACCCCCAAAAAUCCUUCAUGGAGAUGUCAAAGAAGUACGGCCCAGUAUUCAGCGUCUAUUUAGGUUCACAAAGGUUUGUUGUCCUGUGUGGUUAUGACACAGUCAAGGACGCUCUCGUUAACCACGCCGAAGAAUUUGCUGGUAGACCUAUUACUGCCAUGAGUUCUAAAGUAUCAGAUAACCACGGGAUCCUCUUUUCAAAUGGAGAGAAUUGGAAAGUAAUGAGAAGAUUCACUCUGUCUACAUUACGAGACUUUGGAAUGGGGAAGAAGACCAUAGAAGACAAGAUCAGUGAGGAGUGUGAAUGUUUACUACAAAUGUUCCAAUCUUAUGGAGGGAAACCUUUUAAUAAUCGAACAAUCAUGAAUGCUGCCUUGGCCAACAUAAUCGUGUCCAUACUGAUGAACCAUAGAUAUGACUAUGAUGAUCCUACAUUACUGAAACUCAUGAGUUUAGUGAAUGACAAUAUCAAGAUCAUGGAAAGUAGGAUGGUUAGGUUGUACAACAGUUAUCCCUGGCUGAUCCGCUGGCUACCGGGGAGUCACAGAAGAAUAAAUGAAAACAAUAAAGAGAUGCAAGACUUUGUAAGAGACACCUUCAGAAGAAAGGAGGAAGAGUUGGAUAUCAACAAUCAGAGGAACCUCAUUGACGCCUUCCUUGCUAAACAAAAAGAGGGAAAACCAGAGUCUGCAUUAUAUUACCACAAUAAAAACCUGGGCAAACUGGUCAGCAACCUAUUUGCUGCUGGAACUGAGACCACCUCAACCACUCUGCGAUGGGGCAUAUUGUUAAUGAUGAAAUAUCCUGAAAUCCAAAAAAAAGUGCAAAGUGAAAUAGAAAAUGUUAUUGGAUCUGCUCAACCUCAAGUAGAACAUAGGAAGGAAAUGCCAUAUACUGACGCUGUCAUUCAUGAAAUUCAAAGAUUUGGUGACAUUGUGCCUGGAAGCCUCCCACAUGCCACAACGAAGGACAUCACAUUCAGAGGUUAUUUUCUUCCAAAGGGUACAACUGUCAUCCCAUUGCUUCACUCUUCACUGAGAGAUAAAGCUUACUUUGAGAAGCCAGAAGAGUUUCAUCCUGGACACUUUCUUGACCCAAAUGGAAAGUUUAAGAAGAAUGAAGCUUUUAUCCCCUUCUCUUUAGGUAAAAGAAGUUGUGCCGGAGAGAACUUAGCAAAAAUCGAACUGUUCCUGUUCUUCACAACCCUUCUACAGAACUUCACAUUCCAGGCCCCACCUGGAGCAAAGCUAGAUUUUACCCCAGCAUUAGGGUUUAUUAAUGCCCCACUACCCCAUGAAAUCUGUGCAAUCCCUCGCAGAUAAGACCUAUUUACAGCAGUGUAAAUUAAAUCAUCCUUCCAAUUUGAAUGCUCUUUCUGUAAACGACUAGAUAAUCUAGAUGAGCAGGGCUAGGGAAAUGUUCUUCUCGGGCAUUUCGCUUAUUGAUGCAUUUCCCAUUACAACAAUAGAAGCUUAAAUACAGAUUGUAUGUUGAGCAUCCAUAGUCUUACAUGACUGAAAUAUUGCAUUAUCUAGAAGGUAUAGUCUGCCAUUACUGAAACAUUGUGGAAGCAAAUGUUCAGUUUCCUUAAUCUUUGUUAGAGAAUUAGCAGUUUCAUACUAAAUUCUGACCAACAGAAUGGCUUCUACUACAAGUCAAUUUGAAUGUAGAUCAACGAUAAUGGGAAAUUUCACAUUCCCAUGUUUUCUCUUAGGUUAUAGGCUUCUGUAAAUGGCUCGCAAACUGCAGAAGGUCAUAAGACAGCCUGUGGUCUGCUGAUGGGUUAUAUGGGUUGCUGUCAGCAGGUAGACCUUCCUCCGGCUGCCUUGCUCUACUUUUGGCUUGUUCUUUCUUUAUUCAUUAAUAAAAAUACACACUGCUAAAGCUAGUUCUGCGAUACUUACCAAUACACAUUAUGGGUAGUUUUUAAAAUUUCUUGUAGUAUUCUUGUAUUAUGAUGACUAAAUUAAAAGUGCAAUAAAAAUUUAUACAGAGUA